CGGGCGGCGGCGGGGCUGCGGCUGCGCGUGAGCGCCGCCUCGCGCCUCCCGCCCCUCCCGCCCUUUCCUGCUGGGCGAGGGCCCGGUCUGAGCUUCGCUGCCAGCCCCGGGCCGGGGAUGCGCGGCGCGGCGGGAUGGAGGUGGAGGAGGCGUUCCCGCUGGUGGGGCAGAUGGGGCCCUACCAGGUGUAUCUGUGCGUCCUGCUGGCCGUGCUCCUCCAGCUCUAUGUGGCCACUGAAGCCAUCCUCAUUGCAUUGGUGGGGGCAACUCCUCCAUAUCACUGGGAUCUGGAAUUGCUCUCGGCUAACCAGAGCCAUAGCAACCAGUCAGCAAGUGAGCAGAGAGCCUUUGGGGAAUGGCUCCUGACUGCCAAUGGCAGUGAGGUUCAUAAGCAUGUACACUUCAGCAGCAGCUUCACAUCAAUAGUCUCUGAGUGGUUUUUAAUUGGCAACACAUCAUACAAAGUCAGUGCUGCCAGUUCUUUCUACUUCAGUGGUGUGUUUGUUGGAGCAAUCUCAUUUGGCCAGCUCUCAGACCGCUUUGGAAGGAAGAAAGUCUAUCUCACAGGUUUUGCCCUCGACAUCUUGUUUGCCAUUGCAAAUGGAUUCUCACCCUCAUAUGAAUUCUUUGCCGUGUCUCGAUUCUUGGUAGGGGUGAUGAAUGGUGGGAUGUCACUGGUGGCCUUUGUUCUACUGAAUGAAUGUGUGGGUACUGCCUACUGGGCAUUAGCAGGAUCUAUUGGUGGCUUGUUCUUUGCUGUGGGAAUUGCCCAGUAUGCUUUAUUAGGGUACUUCAUUCGUUCCUGGAGGACUCUGGCUGUUGUGGUUAACCUGGAAGGAACAGUAGUCUUUCUUCUCUCUCUAUUUAUUCCAGAGUCCCCCCGCUGGCUAUAUUCCCGAGGCCGGCUGAGUGAAGCAGAAGAUGCCCUCUACCUCAUUGCAAAGAAGAACCGCAAGCAGAAGUAUACUUUUUCAUUAAAACUCCCUGCUGAGAGGAGCCCCAGAGAAGCUGGCAGUUUCUUGGAUCUCUUCCGAUACAGGAUUCUCUUGGGACGCACCUUAAUCAUGAUGUUCACCUGGUUUGUGUGCAGCUUGGUUUAUUACGGUCUUACCCUUAAUGUGGGUGACUUAGGUGGAAGCAUUUAUGCCAAUUUAGCCCUGUCAGGGUUGAUAGAAAUCCCAGCAUACCCGAUCUGUAUUUACUUGAUUAACCAAAAAUGGUUUGGUCGGAAGAGAACGUUGAGCACAUUUCUGUUCCUGGGAGGAUUGGCUUGUCUUAUUGUCAUGUUUCUUCCUAAAAAGAAAGAUACUGGAGUUUUUGCAGUGGUGAACAGUCGCUCACUUUCUUUGCUGGGAAAACUGACAAUCAGUGCUGCAUUUAACAUUGUCUACAUCUACACAUCAGAACUUUAUCCCACAGUGAUCAGGAAUGUUGGAAUGGGUGCCUGCUCCAUGUUUUCCCGUGUUGGUGGAAUCAUUGCUCCUUUUGUCCCUUCAUUGAAAUCUGUGCAGUGGUCUCUGCCUUACAUUGUAUUUGGAGCAACUGGUUUAUUGUCUGGGCUCUUAAGUUUAUUGUUGCCAGAGACUUUAAACAGCCCUCUGCUAGAAACUAUUUCAGACCUGCAGGUGUGUUCAUACUGGAGACUGGGGGAUGAAGCCAUGUCAUUGCAAACCCUAGAUGGCUCACAGUCUGGAGACAAGGACAAUUCUGCAGGAAGUGGAAGUGAAGAUGAGGAGUUUUAUGAUGCUGAUGAAGAGACCCAUAUGAUCAAGUAAUGAAAAGAAGAAACAUGGACUUGUUUUCUUAUUUUUUCGUACUUGUCCAGUCAGUCCAGCUCUAAGAUGAGAGUACUGGAGACCACCUAUCAGGGAAUGUAAUUGGGCAAGUGCCUGUGUCUUUCCUGACUAGGAAGGGAUUUGGGUACCAUUAAGAUUAAUUACACCGCUGAUUUUUUUCAUGUGAGACAGCCAUUCAAAAACUUGUGGGUAGGAAUGAGAGAGAAUGCACAAACUGCAUUUGAAUCCAGGUGUGAUAGCAAGGGAAGGAUGAUGCAUUUCUGAAGCACAGGAAAUUAUAAACUAUUUUUGCAGAUCAUCAGUGCACACAUUUGUAUUUUUGAGGUGGUUGGUUUUGAGUCAUCAUAAACUGACAAACUUGAAAAUGUUCACUGUUUGAUCUCUGUGGAGUGGAAGUGAUCAGACAAUAUGCUGUGUGCUACCCCAGGAGGAACAAACUUAAGAAAAUUGUAUGUUAAAAUGGCAUUUGUGUAUUGAGUAGGGGAGAGGCAACUAUGAACGUAAGGUUUCUCUUUCAGCAUGUGGACACCCGUGUAGAAUUACAGGGUACAGCCGAUCAGUUCAUGAUCUAUCCAUGAACUUUGUGAUGAUGAAAAGCUGGGAAGAGUCCUCUGGAAAGAGUCCAUAACAUCUGUAGAUUUUGAGGAUGUUGCUGAUUUCUCUCUCCCUUAUCCACCAAACUUUCUCUUGGGCUGCCUUAUCCAUAGAUUUGUCACAUGUUUCCCACAUCCCAGGACUGCUGUUCGUAGCUUUGCCUACUUUUACUUUCUCUUCACUUUUCUAUAAAUAUUGAAGCUUAGCAACUUCUCUGACUGUGCAGUGAAGCAAAUCUGUUUAAGGAUAUAAUUUCAUGAGUGGUACACAGGUGAGGUGUUUAUCACAUACUGUGUAAUUUGAAGUGUGUUUUUAGGGUAUUUAGCUCAAUUCUAUGGACCUAUCUGUGUCUUUAUUUGUGGAAGAAACAUAACGCUUAAGUGACAAGAGGAGCCAUGGGCUGCUGUUACAUUUUGUAGGAUUAUUGCCAGAAAGCUGCUAAUAUCUAUUUAAAAUUCUUUUGUUAGAUAAUGCUCUUAAACUCUAAGCCAGUGUUUACUUGAUUACUUGACCUUGUUGAGGAAGACAACUUCAUUCUUUAGUUUACACUACACUUUGUUUUGUUAGAAGGAUAUGGAAUCUUGAAAUAUGAACAAGUGCAAUGUUAUGACUACAAAAAUAAGGCCUUAGGAAGAUUCAACUUUCUUGAUUACAUUAUCAUUUUCAUCCUCUAACCACUUGCUUGUUAUUUAUUAAGAUUGAUUUCCAUAAGUUGUUUGCUAGUUUUUAUACUUGGAGUUACUAAAAAAGUUCUGUGUAGUGACUGAAAAGAGUUGUCACCCUUGCUAGCCAUUUUUUGCGAAUAGUAGAUUUAGAAAAUGGAAUUAAAAAAAAAAAAGAGAAGAGCUGUCAGCUGAAUUUAUACUGGGAAGUUCAUUUUCUCUGAAAGGAAGUGAAAGUGAACCACGUCUGAAGUUUCCAGCUAGCUGCUUGACGUUUGUUCAUUGGAACUGUAGCACUGAGCAAAAUGCAACUACCCUGCUUGGUACAGCAGGCAGCCCAGAGGCUACAGAUUGAAGCAUGUAGUACUCCCUCUUGAUUGGAAUUUGAUUCAGGAAUUGGCUGUGAGCAGAGUAGGAAACUUCAGUCCCUGCGGACAAUGUGUCUUCAGUUUUUCUUCCAGACUGCUGUAUAGCUGUUGUAGCAGGGCGCUUUUAAUCCCAGCUGGAUAUUCUUUCUGCCUUAAUUUGGCCCUUACGUAUGCUACGAAAUUUCUCUAAAUAAGGUACUUGGAAAAGCAUGGAAUGUCUGAGUAUAUUUAUUCAAGAUAUUUUUAGUUCUGUAUUCACAUUUUGAAUUAUGGAUAGCUGGAGAAGUGUCAGGACACUCAGGGACAUGAUUUAGCGGUGGGUUGUUAGAGUUAGAGCAGUAUUGUUAGGUUGUGGUUGGACUUGAUGAUCUUGAAGGUCUUUUCCAACCUGAGCGAUUCUAUGGUUUUUUGAUUCUAUGACUGGUUUUGUUGUUGAUGACUUCUGAAGACAUAAAACCUGCUUACUUGAAAGCAAACUGUGGUAAGCCUGGCAUUAUUAGCACGCUGCCAAGAUCCAGCAUAUUUUUUAGAGAAUUGCUGCUUAUUUUCCCUUCUUGUGUGGUAGGUUCCCUGAGAGACAGACAGGAACUGUUCGCCAUUCUUUGUCCAUAGUUUUUGUGUCAUUAUCUGCUACUGGCAACACUAGUCAUGACACAGGACAUCAUGUCCACAUAGUUUUCAUUAGAAGAGUAGGAUGUAACGGUUCAGGUGGGGAGAUCACUUUGCAGAACCAGAGUUGGAUUUUGUGGUUCUUCAAUUUUAGUCAGUCUUCAGCUUAUAAUCGAACUUACUUCUCCAUUCAUGCACUUUUAUAUUGUAAGUAUAGAUGGAAAAAUGCAAAAACAAGAGUAAAGAAAAGAUCUUCUGUUUGACGAGUUACUGUGCUUUACUUUAGAAAUAUAGGAAUAGAAGCAUUCAGUACGUCUUUUUGUCAUGCAAAUUCUUGUGAAGUGAUACUUCAGCCGCCUUUUAAGAGAAUUUUUCUGGCUGGCUAUAGUUUUAGGCUAGAGAGAAUAGAAUACAGAAGUGGUUUGGUGUUUUUAAAAAACUAGUUCCCCUGAAAACAAGCCCGGUACCCUCCUUCUAGGGGCCGGAAAGUUGCUGUUCAGUGACUGAAGGAUCCUAAAACACUGCAAAAUCAGAAACUCUGUUAAAGUAGGGGUUGCAGCCUCAUGGUGCUGAAUGAAGAAUACACCUGCACCUCUCCAAAGAGACAUAAUUAAGAUGGAGCAGGCUGUAGCUAGUUGCCACUUUUGAUGUUACAGUCAAGACACUAAGAAUUGUAGUCACGUGCUGAUCUGCUCACAGUGCAAUCUCCAUGAUGUGAUAUUCAGGCUGUAUGGCUGUACCAAGGUUAGCAGAAUACCCUUUACAGGGUAUUCAGGAUAUUCAGACUUUGGGAAAUGCGGUUGAGCUGUAUGUUUUCCAGCAUAUUUCAUUUUAGUAUAUCAAAGUAGUAUGCAAGAGAAUGGGUUGGGUGUUGAUUUGGGGUUUUUUUUGUGGACUGAGGAAGAGGGGAAAGUAAGGAACAAACUCUUAAUGGAAACAUUGAGCUAGAACUCAUGAACAGGAGUAUUCUGCACAAUCUCCAACUGUAAAUUUGGUCAGUAUCUUACUUUGUUUCAGCUGAAGGAUGUACUAAUUUUAAUUUUUCCCACUCUUAGAGCUUCCUCUAAUCGUGCUCUCUGACAUAUAGCUGAAUCUAGGCAUCUGUGCAUGCAAUUUGUGAACAUGCUGGUAAAUGUCAGAAAAGCUCACGAGCAGCAGUACUGUCAUUUGAUGGUAGAAGUCAGUCUGGCCUGAUAUACUGAGCGCCUGUGUCAGAAAUGUCUAUGAGCAGCUGUUUACCAAACAGAACACUUAGUUAUAGGUGUAUUUUGAGUCUCAUUGCUUGUAUCUUGCUGCAAGAUGUAUUAGGUGGAGGAAAGACCUGUGUACGAAAACUUUUGUGACAUCUGAGUGUAGAAUUGGAGUGUGAACAAACUUAUACAGAAUUUUGCCAUGUCUUUUUAAUGCCUUGUCCAGUGUAUGUUAACCUUAUCCAGAUUAUCCAGGUACUGCAGUUAUUUCAGUCUUAUAGAGGUGUGCAAAUAUUUCAUCCUGACAGUCUGAAUUUACUGAACUUUCUCAUCUUUUUUUGGUACUACUAGCUCCUAUUAUCCUGAAAAGAAGCUCUCAUAUUGCCUAAUGGAGAGUGGAUUUUUUCUGCUCUAGUUUAUUGCAAGUGCCUGUUUCAUGAAACACUUGUUUAAUUUCCUCAAUCAACUUGAUAUAGGACUGUGUGUAAAGUAACAUCAUAGCACUGGAUGAUGUAAGUGCCAAAGACCGCUUUUGCUGGAAAGCAAAGGUCCAAGACUAGUUCUAGCUGCAUACGUUUGGAAUUCUUCCAUGCAACCUGUCAAAACUGGUAUUUACAAGCAUCUCCAGAGCUUUAGGGGACAGAAAGUUACCUUUGUUUGCUUGUCUUUCCUUUUUCAGUUCACUUAAAUAUUUUAUGUUUUCUGAAAGAACAAAGAGUAGGAUUUGUAGAAGAGGCUGAGUAUACACUACUUGGCAAGUAGGGAAAUCUGCAGAGCCUGUUUGCUUCUGAGCUGCAAAUGCCAGAGCUCACUCUCAGACUGAUACAACCUGGUAAAAACCACACAUUGGAAUUGUACUUCAGUCAUCAGCCUUACCAAUUAGCAUUGCUAAUAAUGGCUUACCUAGAGCAUCGUAGGAUAUAGCAGAUUUUUAUAAAAGGUGCAGUUUGAGGCAUCAUUAAAUAGUAAUUUCUGUAAUUUAACUCCCUACUGCAACUACAACAUUCGAUGCGAGUCUUCUCUAUCAUAGCUGUUUCUUCACCAGCAAAUGGGCAAGUGUCUAAAUGUUUGUGCAGCAAGAGGUGGCUGCCAUCAGAAAAGUGGUUUAGAGAAAGUAACCUGCGUUCUCGGCUGUGUAUGCACAAUGAAGUAAGACCCUGAUGUGCCAGGAUUCUCUCUUAUAUAGUAAGCUUAUAGAGUGGAGUACAUUUAAACAACUACUUGCCCAUCCUCAACUGCAAAAGGCUUUAGAGAAAAAAUAUCUUUUGCAUGCAAGUUAAUGCUUACCAAUAUGUCUGAGAUGCUUAUGUUAUACCUGCUCCAGCAGGCAGGCAAAAAAUGUGGCAAUAAGAAUAUCCCUGCCAAUACUUAAACAGUUAUUUUGUCUUAAAGUUGUCCCAGUAGAAGUAUCUAGUACAUCCGUGUUCAAACAAAAUAUUUUAAAAUGAUGGAAACUUGACUGGGAGAUAGAUAUUUCUGAUAGCAGCUUGCAGGGGGGAAAAAAAUCAUUGUUUCAAACUGAUUAAAAAGCCUUCUAAUGUAGAACUGACAACUGCUGAGUGGUUUGUAGUAAAAGAGUUUAUUGCAGUUGCUGUGAUGUUAAGUAUGACUCCAAAUGACUGUUUUUGAGUACUAGACUCACCUCACUACCCAAAGUCUAGUCCUGUUCUUGUUAAAAAUCUGAAUAUCUUGUAGAAAUCGGAAAUUUAUUUUUCAUAUGGAUACAUUUAUUGCACUACUUUCCUUCUUGAAUCUAAUUUUACUUUCAUUUUUUAAGCUACUACCUCCUUAUGUUGAGCUUUUUGUCACUUCUGUAUUUAAUAGAUUUUUGGUAAUAUAAAAUAUUUCAAUUUUUUAUUUAUGUAGUAAUCCAUGAUUUAAGCAGAAGUAAGACUUGUGUUUUUUAAAGUUUUAUUUUUAAAAUUAGCUUAAAGUGCUAAUGCUUUUGAAGGACCAGAAUUGUUGCACCUUUAGAACUUGAGUUCUCUUGUGUAUACUGUUGUUAAGGGCAAGAAACCUGUAAUUUUGUACUAAUCUCAGUUGAGGAGAUAACUUGUUUGAAAGGAAGUUUUGAGUUGGUAAAUUUAAUUUAUUGCCAAUUAAAGAGCUUUUAUUUAUUGCUUUUUGUAUUGGGAGGGGAGAAAAAACAAUUGGGGAAACACUGCUACUUCUCUCUGGACACUCUUCUAUUGCCACCUUGGCGGUCUCCUGUCCCUGGGCUGGAUAUUACUCUCAGUUCCUUCAGCAAGGCUUGGGAGACUGGGAUUAGGACGUUGUGCUAGCUGUCUUUCCUUGCUCCUUGUUUCUUACUUAGCUGCUCUACUUUGGGUUUCUUCACUGGAUUCAGUGCCCUUUAGAGCUGCAUCUCCUUCUGAGUCUCAUCCUGUCUGCCCCGGCUUGGGUUCUUUGGCAUUUCUCCUGCCCUGCUGUCACCCCUCUCUCUUCCUGUGCUGGGAUAGUCUUCUCUUUUUUUUUUUUUUCCUUCUCCUUCUGUAAGUAUUAUCAGUUUUUCUUAAAUAUGCUGUUAAAUUGCAGAUAUACCACAACCUCCUCUGGCUGUCUACAGCAUUGGGAUGAAGUGGGUCAGUGCCUGCUGUCCCAAAGAGGCAGUGCGCCCAAACUGAGAGACAGGAGGAUCUGCCUAAGCAUAGGAGAACACUUUUUCUUUUCCUUUUUUUCUUUCUUUCUUUCUUUCUUUUUUUUUUUUUUUACUGCUAGGAUGGCCUAUCACUGCCACAGGUUGACCAGAGAGGUUGUGGAGUCCUUGGCAAUGUUCAAAAGCCAUCAGGACGAGGUCCCGGGCAACCAGCUCUAUGGGACCCCAGAUGACUUCCAAUACCAAAACUCUGACAGGUGUGCCUAAUACAUGACUCCACAAUGCUCUCUUUCAGAUCAAGUCCUUACAGAGCUGACAGUUGCUAUGAGCAGAACUUGGUACUAUAUUCCCUUUCUGUGUUACUAUUGUCUUAGGUCAAGUAAAUGAAACUCCUGCGGAUAUAACCAGACAUUUAUAGCCAAGUUCUGUGUCUGGUUACAUGUUUGUAUUCUCACUGAUUUCAGAAGACAGAUCUUAGAUUUCCACUUGACCAGAGGAACAGCCAAAGGGGUAAACUUCCUUCUCUCUGCUUAAGCCUUCAUCGUCAUGAAAUAAAAUCUUUCUACAGUCUCUGUAUCUUGUAGAUGUGAAGUCCUGGUCAGCUCAGAGUUGAGUAACAGAAAAGUGGCAGUACAGGGAAUUGUUUUUUGUUUGCAGCAGUGAAUCAAGUUGUAUAUAGUUGGUGUGCAUCUUUUUAAACAUUUUUUGGGAGUGACUUGAAUACUGACUGUUAUGAGCCUUCCAAUGUUAAAAUGCAGACUGAAAAAUUUCAGAGUACUUCUUUAAUUGUAUUAGUGUGCUGUUGUUAACUCUAAGUUGUACUGAUGAAAAGUUUCUGUGUUUAGAAUACUUGAUUGGAGAAGCCACAGUUAAAGCAUCAUGAGCUUUUCCACAAUAGACCUUUUAUGGUAUUAUACCCAUACAUUCUGUGAACAGCUGUUGGGUCCAUCUCUUUUUAAGAUGUUCUUUACCCUAAGGAGGGGACCGUAGCAACAAAUGUAGAAAUAUUCAGAGUAAUUGCACUUAUCUGUGUUCUUUUCUUAAUGUAUUUCCUAUGCAUACUGCCUUACCCAUGUGUACUGUGCUUCACUGGUGGUACUAAGGGUAAAUAUCAGGUUUUAAUUUAUAAAAUAUAAAAUGAUUUUUUAAAAAAUAAUAAUAAUUCUGUAACAUUAGAUAUUUAUUCCAAGAUAGAGGAAAGAGAUGAAGGUAAGCCUAGGCAAAUUUAAUCAAAAGUUAAUAUUGGUGGUCUUUAUUCUCCGUUAAUUUCUGAAUGGUUUUGAUCAUUUGAAAUAAAUUUACUAUUUUAAGAUUUUUGUAGAGGAAAGCUCACUUUUAGGUGACUUGUGACAGCUCUGAUACUGCCUCUCACACGUGUACUUCAUAUAACGUCUUUGUAACUUAUUUUGUGCCUUUUCUUCCCCUGACACAAAAAUCUCUCAAUAAAAACAAACUCUUUUGGAACACUGUAAACCUA